AUUCGGGAUCUUCCCGGCUCUUUUUGAUCUUGAAUUUCAAAUGCGGGAUAUGAUAUAUUUAUUUACCACCCUCUAGAAAAGUGUUUGCAAUUGGGCCGGGCCGGCCUGGACCGGUCCGGUUCUCGCCGAGCGGUCGAACCGCCGAGAUCGGCCCGGACGGACCAUUAAUGCCAUGGAUUUCGAGAUUUCGAGAACUCCGCAGGCGAACCUCAUCGGAGGAGAAGAAGGCGGCGGCGGAUUCCGAUCGGCUGCGGCGGAACCCUAGAGGAAAUGGUGGCGAUUUCUCUGUACAGAGGGAACCUCCACCGCGUGCCCGACGUCCCUCGCCGAUGGCUCAUGCCCGACCGCGGCAUCUCCCCCAAGGACUUCAAAUCCCUCCUCCACCGCCGCUCCCGAGCCCUCUCUCGCGCCGCCCCCUCCGCCGCGCCGGAGACGACGGCUCCCGACCUCGGUCCCGGCCCCGGCGGCCUCCUCGACGGCGGCCGGCCUCCGGUCGAGGCUGAGGUGGAGAGAGGAGGAGGAGGCGCCGAGUCUUGCGGCGAGGGGACUUCGAAGGGCGUCGUCGCCGCGGAGGUGAAGGAAGAGGCUGAUGAUCAUAGAGAGGCGAUCGACGGUGCGAAUCGCUCGCCGGAAGCGAAGCCUGAUUGGGUGGGCAAGUCCGCCGAGGGCGAUGGAGGUGGUCAGGUCUCGGCUGCCGAGAAGGCGGAGGAGCCGGUCAACAAUGCGGCCCAGGAUGCUGAUAAAGUCGAUGCGCCGACGACCGACAGAGAGAAAAGGAAGAAGGUUGUUGAGGAGAAGUUGCAAACUUUGAAUGCCAAGAAACAUAGCUUAGUGCUAGUUCUGAAGCAGAUCUUGAAUGCAGAAGAGGAAUUGAAGAGGAGGGGCACGCAAGGAAUGGUUGCUCGGCCAUCUGGUCCGCUUCAUGUGGAUGUUAUGAAUGACUCUGGCUCGAUGACCAGACUUAAUACUCCUAGAAUGGGCUGCGAGGCCCAUUUUGGCGGUGAUAUGGAAGGGGGAGAAGCAGAUGAUGCCUCGAACCAUAUCAUGCCUUCUCGGCCGAUGCUUCGUAUGAGCAGCGUGUCACCAUCUCCAGAGUCCCCUCUUAGGAGGCCUGCCUUGUCGCAGCACAUUCCGGUUCUGUAUCCCUCACGAUCAAGCUUAGCUGUUGGUGGUAGUCCAUCCCGCUUUGCUCCUCCAGCUCCCCAAGCUCAUUUAGCGAAUCUUCCUGCAGUUUCUGUCUCAGGAACAAAUUAUUUCGCAUCCUCACCAUCUCCAGCAGCAUCUGGUGGCACUUCGGCUUUCAAGGAUGCUCGACUACCUAGUCCGUGGAAUUAGAAAUUACAAGCUUUGCUAGAUGCAUUGGGCUCUAUUUACUGUUCUUUCCAUUCAUUGUGUAAAUUUGUAAUUGGCUAUAUCCACCCAAGGACCUGGAGCUGAUUGCAUAAUGUAGUUUAGGGAAUUCCUCCAAAUUAGUGGGGUAUUGAUAGUCUGUAGUUUUCUGGAUUUGCAUGCUUGAUUGGACGUUACUGUUCUGAUUGAGCAAGUGUUGUAAGAUGAGCAGAUGCAGGGAAAUGUGAAAAGAGCUUUACUUCUAGUCACUUAAUUUGCGGCAUGGAAUCCACGUUUCUGAUCGUAUUUGUGAACUGACACUACUUGCUUGGUUGUCAGGUAACUUACUUUGGCGCUGUCAAGAGGUGACUGCUGUGGUGUUUAGUUGUUUCCAAGGGCUUCCAGUUUAUCUAAUCUGCAUAUUUCUUCUGACUUGGAUAGGGAGACAUUUCUUAUCUAUUAGGGGAUCUGAGGAUUCAAUACAUUUCUUGUUUAUCAUGAGUAUUUUAUCACAUUCUUUUGUAAAAGCUUUUCAGUCGGGAAUUGGAGAAGCCUUUUGGAUGAAGGGUUCCGAGUCCAUGCUUCAAGAUCAUCUGCUCGUGAUCGUGCUUGCAGAUGAGGUCCGAGGGUGGAAAACUUGUACCCUGCUGCAUGAACUGAUAAUUUUUGGAGCAGCUCGAGUGACUUGAUCAAUGGCUGCUGUGUAACUGCUUAUCGAGAGGUGGCGAGUUAAGCCGGAUUUGUUCUCUCUCUUUGCUUUCCAGCGCUUUGUUGUUUAUUGGUUCUACAAGCAUAAGUGUGGAUAAAUUUGAUCGAUAUCCUAAGUUCAGCUUUUUUGGA